UGGGGGAUCCUAGGAGUCUCUCUACAAACAUACAUACAUACAUACAUACAGAGAGGAAGAGUUCUCGGAAGAUGAAGAAAGAGGUGGUGAUCAAGGUGAGCAUGAAGUGUCAAAAGUGCCAUUCCGAAGCCAUGGUAAACGUUGCCAAACAACUUGGCGUGGAAGUCAUAAAACUUGAUGGUGAUAAGAACCAACUAACGGUGAUCGGGGAGGAGAUCGAUUCAGCUCGCCUGACAUGUUCACUGAGGAAGAAAUUUGGGUAUGCACAGCUGGUUAGUGUGAAACCAGCAACAGAAAAAAAGAAGGAAGAGCCAGUACCGAAAAAGAUGGAGUGCCAAUGGCAACCUCUUUUAUGUCAUUAUCAUUACAUUGAGCCUAGUCCAUGUCAAUAUUACGAUGAGGGGUCAGUUUGUUCUAUUAUGUAACCAUCAAAAUUGCUCCUAAAUUAUUAAACACUAGUGAUUAUCUUUUGUGAAUAAUUGAUGUAAAACUCUUGGUAGUUUUAAAAGUUAAGGCCCAACUUCGUGCCUUUAAUCUCUGGAA